GAGUAUCAGACAGCGUGAGAGGAUCCAGGCCGGUGUUACGUCGGGUCAACACGGAGAGGCACCGCCGGUCCACGGCGUCGGUUCUGCAGCGUAUUGUCAUUUCGCACGGGGGGGGGGGAUACUGCCGUCGCAAACUCACCUGUAUGACCGGGGAACAGGGGCUCGCAGUAUGGUCCGGGAAACCAGACAUCUAUGGGUGGGAAAUUUACCCGAAAAUGUGCGAGAGGAGAAGAUCAUUGAGCACUUCAAGCGAUAUGGACGAGUGGAGAGUGUCAAGGUCCUCCCGAAGCGGGGCUCAGAAGGUGGAGUUGCAGCCUUUGUGGAUUUUGUGGACAUUAAAAGUGCUCAGAAGGCUCACAACGCCAUCAACAAGAUGGGAGACAGAGACCUGCGUACAGAUUACAAUGAACCAGGCACAAUUCCCAGUGCUGCGAGGGGCCUGGACGAUAGUCUGUCCUUAAGCUCUCGCGGCAGGGAUGUAUCAGGGUUCACAAGGGCGGCAGGGGGACCAGUAUAUGGACCCCCUGCAUCGCUCCACAGCAGAGAUGGACGCUAUGAACGCAGACUAGACGGGACGGCUGAAAUUCGAGAUCGAGCAUACGAUCACAGUGCCUAUGGACAUCAUGAGCGAGCUGGUAGCAGCUUCGAACGCCACCGACACUAUGAAACGGACUAUUAUCGUGAUGCCAGGGAGCGAACUCUGAGCACAGGUGGGAGUGGAUCUGGUACUUCCAGCGGAUCUGGUGCGACAGUCUCGGUAGUCGGUGGAACUAUUGUUGGUGCUGUUGCUGGCAGCACUGGAGCAGGUGGAGGGGCAGGGGCCGCAGCGGGUGGAAGUGGAGGAUCUACGUCCAGUGGGGUUGGCUUCUACCGCUCCCACAGCAGGAGCCCGUGCCGCUUUGAGACACCAGAGCCGCGCUAUGAAUCUCGCGCGAGAGAACCCUUUACUUUGGCGAGUGUGGUUCAUAGGGACCUUUACCGGGAGGAGAGGGGCCGUCGCGGGGACCGGUCGCACCGGCAUAGUCGGAGCCGGUCUCCACACUCUACGCAUUCGAGGAAUCCCUCCCCCCAAAGACUGGCAAGUCACACCAGCCGUCCUCCUCAUUCUCACAGCGGAUCCGGCUCCCGCAGCCGCUCGUCCAGUUCAGACUCGGUCAGCAGCACCAGUAGCGGCACCAGUGGCAGUGAUUCCAGCAGUAGCUCCAGUGAUGACUCCCCAGCACGCUCAGUGCAGUCUGCCGCCGUUCCUGCUCCCUCAGCACUUCCUUUAUCCUCUCUUGAUAAGGAUGAACCACGAAAAAGCUUUGGCAUCAAGGUCCAAAAUCUUCCUGUGCGCUCUACAGAUACAAGUCUGAAGGACGGUCUGUUCCACGAAUUCAAAAAGCAUGGAAAGGUCACAUCUGUCCAAAUCCAUGGAGCCUCAGAGGAGCGCUAUGGACUUGUCUUCUUUCGCCAGCAAGAAGACCAAGAGAAAGCCUUGGGAGCAUCAAAGGGAAAGCUGUUUUUUGGAAUGCAAAUUGAUGUCACUGCCUGGAAUGGCCCUGAGACGGAAAGUGAGAAUGAGCUCCGGCCUUUGGAUGAGAGGAUAGAUGAAUUCCACCCAAAAGCCACACGAACGUUAUUUAUCGGAAACUUGGAGAAGACCACAAGCUAUCAUGAUCUGCUUAACAUCUUUCAGCGCUUUGGCGAAAUAGUGGACAUUGAUAUCAAGAAGGUGAACGGGGCCCCUCAGUAUGCUUUCUUACAGUACUGUGACAUCGCCAGUGUUUGUAAGGCCAUUAAGAAGAUGGAUGGCGAGUAUCUUGGCAACAAUAGGCUAAAGCUGGGCUUUGGAAAGAGUAUGCCUACAACAUGUGUAUGGUUGGAUGGAUUAGCAUCAAACACCACAGAGCAAUUUCUUACUCGCCACUUCUGCCGCUAUGGACAUGUUGUUAAGGUUGUGUUUGACAGAAUGAAAGGCAUGGCCCUUAUUCUGUAUAACAACAUUGAAUAUGCACAGGCUGCUGUCAAAGAGACCAAGGGGUGGAAGAUUGGGGGCAAUAAAAUCAAAGUGGAUUUUGCCAAUCAGGAAAGUCAGAUGGCUUUCUAUCGAUCAAUGCAGGCAUCUGGCCAGGACAUUCGUGAUUUUUAUGACAUUCUGUCUGAACGAAGGGAUGAAAGACGGAGCCAAUAUGAGUUUACAGCAGAGCGGUCAUAUUAUGAAAACAUACGAACACCAGGAACGUACACUGAAGAUCCAAGGCGUAAAUAUCCUGCCAGAAGUCGAGAGUUUUACACAGAAUGGGACCCAUAUCAAGGAGAUUACUAUGACGCACAAUACUUUGAAGACCCCAGAGAAUAUAGAGAAUACAGAGCUGAUCCUUAUGAGCAGGACAUCCGCAAAUACAGCUAUUUGCAGCGGGAACGCGAAAGAGAGAGGGAGCGCUUUGAAACCGACCGUGGACGUGACCAUGGGAGGAGGACAAUUGAGCGCAGCCAAAGCCCAUCUCACAUAGCCUCUCGUCGUCCUGCCAGCCCCACUGCAUCACCCUCUCUUUCUGAGAGAAUACCAAGUGACUCUGACCGUCGCAUUUGCUGUCGAUCUUCUGAGAGAAGUGGUAGCUGUAGCUCAAUCUCCCCACCCAGAUUUGAGAAGCCUGAAAAGGCACGAGCUGAGAGGUAUAACAAAAACGAAAAGCUCGAGAAGGAGCGAGUUUUUGAAGUUGAAAAAGGAAAUGUGGGUGACAAGGAGAAGCGGGGUGGACGCAAAGACAGGGGUGAGAAGGAGAAAAGUGAGAAACAAAAGCUGAAGAAGCACAAAGUGGCAUCACCUAGUAUGCAAACAUGUGAGACAGAACCUGGGCCUGAAAGAGAUGUAAGCCCUGAUUCAAUUCUUCAAAAUAAAAUCGGCAAGGUCCAUAAGGAAAGCUGCAGUAAGGGAAGGGUAGACCUUCUACCUUGUGUGGUACAGUUAACUCGUGUAAAGGAAAAGGAAGGCAAAUUAAUUGGCCAUGCAGUCACAGAAAAACAAAAGCUUAGAGGUGGGAAUGACAGUCCAAGGUUGGCAUCACCUUCAGCUGAACAAAGAAGUCCUCCAUUUCGUUCAGAACCCUCUAAAGGUGAUGCAGUCAAGCAUGGAAAAAUGCCCAAAGAAAAACACAUGGCUAGUCUUGUGGAAAUUGUUGACAAAGAUAUCAAAGUCAAAUCCAAGAAAAAUGGGAAAUCUGAACCUGGAUUUGACAGUGUUAUUACUGUGGAUAUGGACCGUUUAGCUGCAAGGAAAAGGCGUUUUGAAGACUCAGUUGGUAAAGCUGAUCUACAGAAAAAGACAAGUGAGGAGGAGGAUUGUAAGGUGGGACUUUGUAAAUUGGGGACUAGUACUAAAGAGACAGAGGGAGACAACACUGUUGUGUUGAAAGGGAUGCAUAAAAAGGAGCAUCGCAAGGACAAAUCGGAGCGAUUGGUGUCUGUUUAUAGUCCAAGAAAUGAACUAGACUCGGAAAGCAACCUGGUGGGCCUAAGUCUUGAGCUUCAGUCACAAUUAGGACAAGUAACUGAAGAUAACCCUAUAGAUUCACUACGUCCUCCAUAUGUUAAAAUUGAAUGUGGGGAUUCAAAAACACAAAGCAUUUCAAGUCUCACAAAGAUGUCAGAUGAUGGCAGUCCUAAUCUGGAAGAAACAAAGAAGCAAAAGAAACAGUGUUUGUCAGAAAUCAAAGAGGAGGGCAUAAGACAGUACAGAUACACAGGGGAAGCUAAUGAAAGACUUGUAUUGCAAAGUGACCUGAGUAAUAGUUGUAAAAAGCAAAUUGAACAAAGUCAGUGGCUACGAUAUAAGAUUAGAGAGUCUGAUAAGUUUGCAAAAUGUGAAAGUCCUCAAGUUAAUGAGUCCGACAGCUUUGAAAAAGAUUGUAUUUUGCAUGUUGCAGGAAAAUCCUCUCAGGAUGUUGGAACUAAUGAUUUUCCAUCCUUUAAACGGAAAAAAAUUGAGAAUAUUGACUUUGAAAUUCUUGGCUCAACCAACAUGGGAAGUUCUCAAAAACUGAAUGAAGAUGUUUAUCAGAGUGUUACAUCCACCACUGGUUGUGGUCCUUUUUCCGCAAAUGAAGAAGAUGCAACUACCCAGAUUUCCCCGACAGUUGUAAAUAAAGAAAGGAAAUCAUCUCAUAUAGCAGAUGAUAAAAUACUCUCACACACAGAGUCACUGAAAUACAACUCAAACCUGACAGCCAGCCAUUUCCAGUCCCCUGAUGGUGAGUUCCCAAUGCUUAAGACAACGUUACUUGGAUGUGACGAGGAGUUAUUGCAACGCUGGGAAAGACGAUUAAAAUCUGAUUCAAUUAGAAUGGAGAUGACAUUUCCAAGUGGAAUAGCUAAACAUGAAGGCACCCAAAAGCGCCUUGGGCACGAUUUAGAGCCUGGAGAGGUGCAGUCAGAUACAGAUGACGAUGAUGAUGCUGAGAGCAAACACAAUUCUCCCAAGUCCAAUUCCUCUAUGUCUUCUAUCCUCCGGGAAAGGGAGGAGAGGGCAACAGACCUGAGGCUGUCAGCUUCCUUGGAGAGGAAUAAGUUUUAUUCUUUUGCAUUAGACAAGACUAUAACCCCUGAUACAAAAGCACUCCUUGAACGAGCCAAGACACUGUACUCAUCCAGAGAAGAUAACUGGUCCUUUCUGCCAUCUUGCUUUCCCAGCUCCCACAGUUGUUCAGAUAAGGAGAAGGUAGAGCUAGCACCUCGGCCUAUUCCUUCUUGGUACAUGAAAAAGAAAAAGAUCCGUACUGAUUCAGAAGGAAAAUUGCUUGAUAAAAAGGAUGAGCUAAAAACACAGGACCAAGAGCGACAGGAGUUAUUUGCCUCUCGUUUUCUUCAUAGCUCAAUCUUUGAACAGGAUUCACGGCGUUUACAACGUCUUGAACGCAAAGAUCAGGAUUUGGAGAUGGGAGUCAGUAAGCCUCUUGCUAAGCUAGGGGCUGUUGAGGCACAGUCUGUGUCUGGGGGAGGUGAUGCCAUGCAAGAGCCCAUUGUACUCUUCCAUAGUCGAUUUUUGGAGCUCCAACAACAAAAGGGCAAGGAUCACCCUCCACCAGAUACCGAGAGCGUAGCUAUUGUUAUGGAGAUUAAAACAGAUGAAGUGCAGAACGGUGAUAAUGAGUUGUCUGUCAAAGUAUCUGAAUCAGUACUAAAAGUUGAUGACAAAUCAGUCAGCCCACCUCUAGUCUUGUCAGUUUCACCAUUUGAGUCCUGCCCCAAAGUUGUGCCCCCCCCACUGGAAAAGAACGAAGUCAUAACUCCAUCUUCAGAUCAUUCAGUUUCUGUUAUUGAAGAAAGAAAAGUGGAGCACAUUCUUGAGGUAUCCCCACCACAGUCUCCAUUAGCUGAAGAUAUCAAUCCAGUUCCUCCUAAGGUAACUUUAACUCCUCUGCUGGAACUUUCAGAGAUAGAUGCUGAAAUGGAGCAAAAAGGAGAGAUAAGUGAAGCCAAAGUAAAAAUGGAAAACAAUCUGGUGGCUGGUCAUACCCCGCUACUAGAAGAUAAGCCUCUUACUCCUGGUAGUUCCUUAAGUAGUGUUGAAGUGGGACCUGUGGUAGUUCCUUGCUCUGACUAUACAAAGCUUGCAGAAAAAUCUGAAAUUAUGAUGGAGUCUAAAACAGAGAUUCAAGAAAUUAACCACCUGGAUGAUCAUCAGAAAACUGAGAUAGAUGAUGUUAGUAUGCCAGAGCUAGAGCCUGAAAGCAAACCAUUACCAAGCCGUAAACAGCCCAAGAGCAAAAGAGCAAAGCCAAAUUUAUCAGUACCUCGUAUUAAAUCUUCUCCAACUACUGCCAGUGACAGACCUGCAACCCGUAAGAGUGAACGAAUUGACAGAGAAAAACUCAAAAGGGCCUCAUCUCCCCGAGGGGAACUAGUGAAGGCUACAUCUGAGCAUAAAACCACAUCAAAGUCACCAAUUCAUGCUUCAGAUUCUGAACAAAACCUAGAGCCAAGCUUGGUCCAUGGCAGGACGCGUCGCAGAAAUGUCCGAUCGGUUUAUGCCACGCUACAUGAAGGAGAGCAAGCUGGCAAAGAGGUUGAGUCCAUACGCUCCAUGCGCAAACGUGGUGCUGAUAAGGAACAGACACAGCAAGAUGUUCAGCAUCCAUCUACUUAUGCUAGGCGAGGUCGCCCACCUAAAAGGGGAGGUAAACGGGCAGAAGAUGUGUCUCCACUAAAAGGGGAUCAGCAAAAAUUGAUGGAAGAGGACUUGGAUGUCAGAGAAACCUCAGCCACCGAGGAGGUUUUGAAAGCCUCUGAGGGGUGGCGUUCACCCCGCACUCAGAAAGUGCAACAGCCUCCCUUGACUCCAACUGUUGUCUCAGUUAACAAGAAAGCAAGUAAAUUAGACAAGCUGUCUGAGAGAUCUACAUCACCAGCAGUCCAAGCUAUUGAUCUAGCAAGUUCUGAAGAGUUGCAGCCGAAUCUUAAAGUGGAUACAGAACAGGCUGGGCAAUCACCUGAAAUAGAGGAGAUUGCAAAGCCUUCAGAGCACAAAAAAGGGAUAGACCUAAAAGAUCACAGUGGAAAGAAAACUGAAGAAGGGGACAUUGAGUUGAUGGAUUCUGCCCAGUUGGAGAGAAGACAACAACCCGAAAAAAACACUACAAUAAGAACACCAAGGUUGAAAAGAAAUCCAAAGCAGGUCACUGAAGAUAAACCACAUAGCCUAAAAAAUCUUGAGAUUCGAGUAAGUGUUGAUGAUGUGAAAGGUUUACUUCGUUCAGAUGAUGAAUCUGAGUCAUUUGAAGCUGGGGCUACAACAAAAUCUAAACAAGUAGUACAAGACAACAAAGAAACAAAGGAUGGAUGUUUUCUUAAAGAAGCAAAAGAGCUCAGUACACAGCAAACAGAGGAAGUUCUAUUAGAACCUGAACCUCCUGUUGAUCCAUCUGCUGCUCUGUUAGCACGGCAAAUGGAACUGGAGCAGGCAGUUGAAAAUAUUGCUAAACUUACAGUAGAACAACCACAGAGACCUUAUAAGGAGGCACCCACAGAGCGAAGAACUUUGGUGCCUCCAGUGGUUGUGGAGCCAGAGGCUGAGGUUGAGGAAGAAAAGAGAACAAACCCUGCAAGUGAAACUGAACUUGCAGCCGCCAUUGAUUCCAUUACAGCGGAAGUUGGAUCUGCAGAUACAGAUGGCUUCACAGCUCCUCCUACUUACACUGCACUUGUCCCCACUCCUGAACCUGUGGUGUCACCCUCCACAAAUGAAAUUAUGGAGCCUGAAACGCAUCUUGCUAUCAACAACAUUCUUGCAACAAACACAAAUGUAGGCCCCUUGACACCUAGCCCAAAAGCACUCACAGCAGAGGCUAAAGUAGCUGAGCCUCUUCUUUCAGUGCCUGAAGAUCCCCCUUUAGUUGAAACACCCAAGAAAACAGGGAAGGUCCGAGCUAAGAGUCCAAAGAAAUCAAGAAGGGGUAAAGGUACAGCUAACAAGAAAGGUGAGACUGCUGAAGAGAUUUCAGAGCCAGAGCCCUCUCCAGUCAAGUUACCAGAGUCAAUCCCAGAAGACCUAGAGACCAUCAACUCAAAGGCAGUUACUGUGACAACAGUAUCAUCAGCAGCAGCCUCAGUAGUAACUGCUGUCGCAACUCGCAGGCGUGACAUUGCAAGUGCUAUGACUGUUGAUACCCCUAAAGAGGCAGAGCAACCUGCAGUUGAGCAGCCUGUACCCCAAGAAUCGGCCUUUCACCUGGGCACAAGUAACACUUCCAAUUGUAAAAAAUGUCCCCAAACAAUUGAACCAUCUACUCCUACUCUUCCACUCUCUCCUGCCUGCCCACCACCGGUACCCCAAUUCAGUGUGCUGACUCCACGGCCUUGCAAAAUGCCAGUAUCCCAAGAGUGGCUUCCUAGAUCUGAAGAAAGUAGAAUCAAUCUAUCUGCUUCAUCUCAAGUUACGGUGGUAACUCCUUCUGCACCAGGAGUAACUACACUUGGAACCCCUUCAGGGAAUCCAUCAAUGCCCCCAGACACCAAGGCAUUGGAUAUUGACCCUAGCUCUAGCACCUUAAGAAAAAUCCUCAUGGAACCUAAAUAUGUGUCUGCGUCCAACAGCAAUGCCAUACCCACUACUAUGGUAACUUCUGCACUGCCAGACCCUACCCGCAUGUCAGAGAAAGAAAAUCCCUCAGAUACACAAGGCACGAGGCAAAUGCAUCAUGAAGAAAGGCUAAUUCUACCACCCCUGUCUAUGCAUCACAAACCCUCCCCACUCUCAGAAUCUCAGCAAAACUGUGGAGAGAAGAUCCAGCAUUCAGUAAUUUCAUCCCCCACUACCUCAGUAAUAAGUCGAAUUCCAAUGCCCUAUGACACAGAGGAAACUCCACGGAUUUCCCUUAGCAACAGAAGCUCUUCCCUGUCUCUUCCCAAGCAGAAAUUCAGGACAAACACGAAUGAAAAUAGCCGCUAUCAUGGAAUGGAUCCAGUAGAAGAUGGAACCAGAGGACGAUCUGUGGUUGAGAACAGUCCCUAUUGCACAGGCCCUAGUGCUGGCCUGAGGGUCAAUACUUCAGAGGGUGUUGUUGUACUGAGUUACUCUGGUCAGAAAACUGAAGGGCCUCAUCGGAUGAGAGCCAAAAUAAGUCAAAUUCCCCAAGCAACCGCUGGUGACAUAGAGUUUCAGCAUUCGGUUUCAAAAUCUCAGAUAAAGCAAGAACCAAUUACCCCAUCAUCACAACCACCUACUCCCAAAGGACAGGUAACUCCUACAGCUUAUGGGCACACAGGAGUACUCUUGUCUGGACAGCCUUUCAACUCCCAACCAGUCAUCUCUAGCACCAAGCAGGAGAGUCCUGGGUCUGACAAAUCGGAAGUUCCUUAUCAUACAAUAUCCCAAAGUGGAGUGGUAAAAAUGUUCCCUCAACCAGUUACUACUUCUCAAGUUUUGAUGUACAACCAAGCUGUGAUACAGUCCCAGCAUGGAAAAAGAGGACAAGGGACAGAACCUUGUUUGAAAAAGAUGGACAUUGGCAAGUCAGCUCAACAAUCUAACCUCAGUCCUGUCAUGAGCCCGCAUCAUCCAUCACUAUCUGGAACUUGCAUUAGCCCCAGCCCUGGCAUUCCCACUGAUCGAUCUGCUCCAUACCUUAAGCAAGAGCCACAGUCUCCACGAGCAACUGUUCAUUCACCCUCACCUUUUGCAAAAGCCUGUCCUCCUAGCAGUUCUCCAAUUGCCACCUCUGUCGUACUGGGUCCAGGCAUGCCUUCAAUGUCUCCAUACCACUCUAAUGUGCAUCACCAACACACAGAGCAGUCAUCUGUUAUCAUGCAACCUCAUAGUGUGACUCAGUCAAUAGCACAUGAGGUCAGGAUGAACAACCCACCAAUGUCCGGGAUAAACUACGGAAGACGAUCUGACUCCCUGUCCUCUCCCUCCCCAGGGCACAUACAGCGCUCUAACACACCUCAGCCCAUCGUAAUAAGAGACAUGGUACUGCAGUCCCAUAUAGGCUCCCAAGGACCAGUGAUAGGUGGCAGUAGCAGCAGUGCAUCUGAAAAGGAUCCUAGACAUUUAAACCAAAUGCAUGGCAGGCCAUCUGUUCCCCAGCUCCAGCCAGAUGUGAUGAUGAUGCAAAGUGACAACCGAGGGCUCCACCCGGGCAUGCGCUUGGACCAGUACAGAGACGUGCAUCAGCACAUCCUAAUGCACCAGCAACUGGGAGAGCAGGUCAACACAGAAACACGACAGUCCCGGACACCAGAGGCUAUUACAACCUCUUCCAGCAACAUGUCUGCGUUAGCUAAGAGUCCUUUAGUUGGGAAGAACAUGGGGAUUAUAGCCAAAGAGACCCCCAAAAAAUUUGAGGGGAAGAUCUCGCAUCCACCCCAUUCAGAGACCAGGAUCAUGGGAGUCCAUCCAUCUGGUCCUGUGAUGGUGUCUUCUCACCCUCAGGGAAUGCAACUGAUGCAUCCAGAGGGCACUGGAUCCUUCCCAGUGUAUCGGGACACACGGGGUUUCUCCUCCCAGUUUCCUGGGCAUCCUUCAUUGGGGCUGAACCUGGUUAACCGGAGCAUUGCACCAUCUCAGAUCCCUGCAGAUGCUGAGCCAAUUCACAGAGGCCAAUUGUCUCAGUCACUCUCUGCCGGGUCAGUUGGGGUAGGAAACGACUCUAAGCAGGGGAAUUCCCACCUUCGCCAUGCAAGCUCUAUAGACCUCACACACAUGUCCCGAGGGAUGCCAAGGGACGCUGUCUCACCCUCAUACCAAUCUUCUAUGACAUCCCCGUUGCCUCUUACCCAAAAGGUAGAUUUAUCCCACCACAAGGGCCCGUCAGCCCAACUGCCCAACCCACCACUAACAGCACCCCCUCCAAGUUCAUCACAGCUCCGACCUGAUGCUAAGACAGAGGCUUCUGGACACCGUUCCAUUGACAUGGUGCAACUUUUAAUGAAAUACCCGAUUGUAUGGCAAGGUUUGUUGGCCCUGAAGAAUGACCAGGCUGCUGUCCAGCUUCACUUUGUGUCUGGUAACAACGUGCUGGCUCAGCGCUCCUUACCCCCACCAGAGGGAGGUUCUCUACUCCGCAUCGUCCAAAGGAUGAGGCUGGAAGCCUCCCAGCUUGACAGUGUGGCACGCAGAAUGACCGUGGAAAAUGAAUACUGCCUGCUACUGGCCCUGCCCUGUGGUCGAGACCAGGAAGAUGUUCUCAGUCAGACUCAGGCUCUGAAAGGAGGCUUCAUCACCUACCUCCAGGCCAAACAGGCAGCUGGUAUCAUUAAUGUUCCCAACCCUGGCUCCAAUCAGCCAGCUUAUGUGGUACAGAUAUUCCCACCCUGUGAGUUCUCGGAGAGCCACCUGUCACGCCUUGCCCCAGACCUUCUCAACAGUAUCUCCAGUAUUUCCCCUCACCUCAUGAUUGUCAUCGCCUCGGUGUAAAAUACCUCCAUUUUGUUCCUGAAAAUAAAGCCAACACCAGCCUUUUUUGGACUCAUUCAGUUUUGAAAACUGGGAAUGCCUCAUUUUUAAAGAAUCUGUUUGACUCUUUCUUUUUGGUAUUGCUUUUAAGUAUGCACAUACUUCUUCACUUCACCAAGUCCUUAAGCCACUUGUCCACCUCUAAUUCCAAAACUCUCAGAAUUUAUGAGGAGUGUAUGGAAGGGUGGCGUGGGGAUUUUUGUUGAUCGGUUCUUUAAUUGCUCAUUUCAUUUUUGCCAUUUUUGGGAACGUUGUGCAUAGUGCAUUUCAAACCAUUUCAAGGCCAUCAAGCAACGGCUUGAGAUCCUUAAGGGAUAUUUUUGUUCAUGAAAAUGACUUGUUUUUAUUUGUUUUGUUUUUAGAGAAAGGAUUUGAUCAGUCAUUGCACUGUCAUUGCACUAUCUUAAAAGAAAAAUAACCAACUUUGAACUUUGUACAGAUUUGAGUAGAAAAUAUGUAAAAAAAAAAAAUCGUGCUCCAGUGAUUGGCCAUGUUUGCAGAAGACGGAAGAAAAUAUUUGCCAGGAAAAUGACAAAAUCUUGUCAGCCUCGUGAAAGAAACAUGUUGGACAGAUUGACAGAAUCACAUCAAGCUGAUCAGUCAUCAUACCGCUUUUGCUCCUUUGCCAUCAGCCAAUUUUCUUCUACUUCAUUCGAAAGUCAACUCUCUAGCCCCAAGAGUUCCUUCCCCAGGAACUCACAAGGGGACAUAAAGAGUUGUACAGUUUACACUCAAUGCCUCAACAGGGGACUAUAUAAAGAUUAUUUAAUUUGUUUAUUUUGUUUGCCUCCUCUUCAAGCCUUAGGGUAUUGUGGACAAUUGUGAAACUGUAAAUAUAAAUAUUUAAAAACUGAAGAGAUGUGGGGAAACCAAGUGGAUUAUUUUGCGAGACAGACCAACAAAUUUCAGUUCUUUUUCUUUCAGUAUUUUGUCCUUUCAUUUGUUCUUUCUGUUUUCUCUCUCUCUCUCUCUCUCUCUCUCUCUCUCUCUCUCUCUCUCUCUCUGGCCAGGGGGGAGGAGGGGAAAAGUGGCAAGGAUCCCUACAAGUCCCAGGAAUGAUGUUCACCAAAUAUAUUUUUUAAAUUGAUUCGUGCCAAAACGUCUUUUACAAAUGAUAAACAAACAGUGUACUAAAACGUUGAUCAGAAGCUAUUUUCAUACGUGACUUUGUAUUUGCCUCCCCAGAGGCAGAGCCGGUUCCCUUUUUUGGUAUUGUUUAUCAACCCCACUCUGUUACCACAGCACUAUUACAUUAUGGAAUCGUGUCCUUGUUUUGAGCGAGCUGUUGCAUUCGUUUCAAUAGCGGCUUCUUCUUCAACAUACUGGUCGACUGUCUUUCCCUCUCCUUGAUGAUGUCCUCUACUGCCCCCUGCUGUUCGUCUGACCAUCACCCUUGCAGAACUUUGCGACUGUAGCUAUACUAUGGCAUGCUUUAUUUUGAAAUCCUAAAAGGUAUAGCAAAAUCACACAGGCAAAGAAUGUGACUUGAAUCUCUAAUUCAUGCCGUCAAUGGAUGUGUUAAGUGUCUGUCUCCAUCCCUCCCCUUACUUAUUGUCUUCUUGAGCCAAGCUGCAAAUACUCAUUUCCUCAAUCUGUGCUCUUGUGUAGUCCCCCCCUCCCCCACCUUCUUUAUUAUUGUCUCUUUUCAGGGUCCUUACAAAGCAGCCUGAAACAGACAGGAGCUAGGUGCGCGAAACCGAUGCUGAAAGUAAAUCAAGCUUGACAGUUUUGUGGUGUAAAUAUUUCUGACUGCAGGCUGAAAAAUCUCGACAGUUGCGUUGAAGGCACUUCUAAUUUUUGAUAAAUAAAUGACAAGAAAAUACAAAAAAAAAACUUAAAGAAAAAGGUGAUUAAUCUUUGACUUUUGUCUUUUGAUCAAUCUUCAUUUUGAGUGUAUUUUGCUGUUCCUCCAUGAGGACAUUUUAAAUUGUAAAAUAAAUGGUUGUUUCAAUACGUCGACAGAUCAUUAAAUGGUCCA